ACAAACCAACUUCAAAAACUGCACCGCUGGCUCCGCGGAUCGGGCGAAAUGCCGCUUCGUUGGGGACGUAAAAGUGCCACAGUUAACGGGGUCUGGCACACGGCUUACGUAACGGCACAGACGCACGACUUCGCCUGUGGCUGUUUGAGAAUCCUUUAUUAAUUUUUGACAGCAGUUUGAAGUCAGGCUUUCCCUUCCACCCCCCCGCCUUGCGCCGGUGUUGGUACAGCCAGACACUCCGGUCCUUAUGGAGUAGCUGCUGAGGAGGCUCUGGAGUUUGGAGAGAGUGUGCUGAUGAGUUUUGCGCCAGGAAGUCAUGGCGGUGGGAAGGUGUCUUUGUUGCUCCGGAUUAGUCUGCUGCUGAAGCUCGCGUUUCUUCUCCUCGUCUGCAUGCUAACAGCGGCAGGGGGCAACCGGGUGCGCGUGCCAGAGAGAGUCAGCGCCGUGCUGGGGAAGAACGUGACACUGGGCUGCCAGGUGGAGGUCAGCUCCAACCUGAGCCUGACCCAGAGCUCCUGGGAGCGCCGGCUGCCCUCGGGCUCCAUCACGCUGGCAGUCUUCAAUCCGCAGUUUGGCACCUCCGUUGCCCCCAGUUACGCCAAGCGCCUGGCCUUCUACUCGCCAUCAUCGCACGAUGCCACCAUCACACUGGCGGACGUGGGCUUUGCUGACGUUGGCACCUAUACCUGCAAGGUGGCCACAUUCCCCCUGGGUAACACCCAGGCCUCGACACACAUCAGCGUCAUGGUCGAGCCGAAGGUGUACGUGUCAGCAGGUUCCGCCCCCUUGCUGGACGGUGGGAACGAGACAGUGGUGGCCACCUGCACGGCGGAGCGGGCCCUCCCCCAGGCCGAAGUCUCCUGGGAGUCCAACCUUUUCGGCCGCUCGCAGGUGCACCUGCAGGCGGAGGCUAACGGCACCACCACCACGCAGGUUCGCUACGCCUGGCACCCGACCCGCCACGCCCAGGGGCAAAGCCUCACGUGCGUGGUGCGUCACCCGGCACUGCAGACAGAGUUCCGGAUCCCCUACCAAAUCAAUGUGCAGUUCGCCCCAGAUGUGACGGUCGUGGGAUAUGAAGGGGACUGGUUCAUCGGGCAGGAGAAUGCCCAGCUCCAAUGCCGGGCCAACGCCAACCCUCCAGUCCGCUCAUACACGUGGACCAGGCUGGAUGAUGAGCUUCCUGGGGACGUCUAUGUGGUCAACAAUACUCUGGUCUUCAGCCACCUACUGCGCCGCAAUGACUCUGGAGUGUACAGGUGUGAGGCAGGAAACGGCAUCGGCAGGCGCAGCAGGGACACGCGGAUCCGAGUCCAAGAGCCUCCUCCUACCACCAUCCUCCCCGCCACCCCCCUUCCUGCCCUGAAUGACGGGGGUCUGGCCACCGCCCCCCUCAGUAAGGAACGCGCCCCGUUCACCUCUCCGACACUGGCCUCCUUGCCUGAAGGCAGUCUGGGUGCCAUCGUGGGUGGAGCAGUGGGCGGGGCCCUCUUCCUGGUUCUGCUGCUGGUGUUGGGGGGGACCUGCUACCGAAGGCAGCAGCGCACGUUCCGGGGCGACUACUACACCAAGCAGUACCUGGGACCGGCCGACAUGCAGAAGGAGCCACACGUCGACAUGCUGCAGCCGCACGAGCUGCAGGAAGUGUACGGCAGCAGAGAUGCAGGGAAGGGGGCUCGCGAAGCCCCCAAGGCAUCUACCGUCCAAUCCGAUAAGGACAGGGAGGAGUGGGGGGACGGGGUCAUCAAUGGACGUAGCCGUGCCCUGCGGGAGGCAACCCGCUACCCCGAACGGCAUAAUCAUAACCACAACCACCAUGGCACCCCCCUGAGGGGGCCAGCACCGCCAUGUGCGCGUAUCUCGGCCAUGAACCACAGUGCCCCCUACCUGCCGGAGGACUGCUAUGACAACAGUCCAGACGGUGAUUACGUGUCCCAUGUGGAUGGGUCUGUGAUUUCCCGUAGGGAAUGGUAUGUCUGAGCAGGGGGGUGAAGGUGGCAGCGCCACGAUGGAUUAACAAAGAGAUCAGACUGAAGAUGGUGUGAGAAGCUUUAGAUGGGAGAUUUACAAAGGAAAAAAAACUUCCUCUGUCUUGCUCAUGGAACAUUACUAUUUUUUUUAUAUAAAUUUAUCACGGGGUUCAGAAAUUUAGUAGAGGUGUAUGUGUGCCUGGAAAUGCACUAGGAUACUGGAGCACUAUUUCCAUGUGGCAUCUUGUUUUCAGCCAAAAGUCUGUAGGACGCAUCGGCGGGACCCUGUGCCCCGAACCUGUAGCCUCACCUUGGCACCUGGUCAGGCGUGCCGUCCUGUCGGAUUUCUUUAAAAAAAUAAAUACACUUAUUUGGUGAUGCAUUAAGAAUAUUUGUCCUUGUUUGUCAUACUGGACAAGACAUUUUUAAACAUUAGAUUAACUGCCAAACCUAAUUAGUCAAAACACAAGAUAAUACGAAAUGUAAUUGCUCGUGUUGACAGGAAUGUAGUUGCCAUGGAAAUGCUUCUUACGGAAGCAUCACAUUAAAACGCAUCGAUGGAGGCUGGGCUUUUUUUUUUUUGGGAGGGGGUUCUGUGUAAUAGAUCAGCUGUGUGGUUCUAUGUCUCAUCCCCCAAUUUAUGCAACAAACCUCCCCCCCCCCACCUUGUCAUGUGACUAUGGUCUGGUUGGGAGGGUGGCGGGCUGGGCUCAUCACCCUUGGCACAGGUUUACUGCUGAACUCAUUGCCUGAGUGAGUUGGUUUCAUCCACCCCAGUUCGAAAAUGUCAGAAGAUAAAAAACCCACAUGCUUAAUGCAUACAGUCAGGCGGGGGGGCCUUGGACAAAGCAUAUGGGGUCUCCCUGUGGUGUCACAUUUUCUCAAAUCUCAGAAUCUCACACAAACAUUUUAAAUCUUUAUUUUGUACUAUUUGUUUACCAAAUUUACCAAAUGCUUUGCUGGCAGUGACUGUAACUUUAAUGGAAGAUGUGAGUGUUGGUCAUUGCAUAAGUAUUCAGACCCCUGAACUAAAUAUUUGGUCUGAGCACAUUUUGGUCCCGAUUUCUAACCGCAGCUCAUCUGGUUUGGUGUCACUGUGUCCAUUCAUGCUGGCAAGUUUGUUCAGAAAUAUUGGCUGCAGUUUAGGCUAUUUGCAAAGGUACAUCGUGUGUAUAAUCUUACCAAUUGCAGAAUUCAUCGUAUUUUAUUCCUAUUGAGAAUAAGGAAAUGCGGUGAAAAAAGAACAUUUAAAUAUUAUUGUAAGAAAUCUAAAAUGAGAAACUGUUAGAAAUGUUUCAAGCAAAAAAGUUGUCAGUACAAGUGCCGAAAAAUGAUGGAAUUGGAGGAAUGUAGAAAAUUGGCCAGUUUUUGUGUGUUUGUAAUUAUCUAAGAUUAAUUCUCGGAUGCAUUUGUCGUGCAAGCAGACGGUACAGAACUACAGCUGCUAACGAUUUUGUACAGCAUACACGACUAAUGAGUAAAGUUUGUGUCCGGACACUUUCCAUUAUGUCGGCUCGUGGUAAUAUUUGUCACUUUUACAUGUGGCGUUCAUUAUCUCAUUAGUGAAAUGCAUGCAGGGGCACUUUGAUGUUAAAAUUUAAUUGCAUUUAUUGUAAAAGAGCAGGCAUAUGGAUACAUGUCUUGUCCUAGAGAAAGGCAGAAGUGUUUUUUUAUUUAUUUAUUUAUUUUUUUUGGGGGGGUGGGGGGCAGUUUUGAUUGCCCUAAACCUUUAAUUGCAUAUUAAGGUAAAUUAAACAGGCAAAUAGCUGUGGGGAUGGUGACCUGUACCCUAACUGUGCGGCACCCUAGGUGUUUAAACAAUAACACUUAAUGCUAUUUUUAAUGAUCUCAUUAUUUCUUGGGCACGGUGAGAUUCCAGAUUGCAGGCAAGCAAGUGGAAGAGCGUUUGUUCUCCUCUCCCCGAGUGCCUUUUCUAUUCUGACUGCAUCCAUCUUUACAGGUGUUGCAGAAUGUCACAUGUAUGUGCCGCCCCCCUGCACAUUUGUUAUCGACAAUAUCAGCCAUGCACUGAGCCUAAUUUCUGAUGAACCAUUUGGGGGAGGGGUGGGACUUUUAUUUUUUAUGCAACUUUCCAAAAACAUGGACUUGUGGGUAACUUCUGCCAGGAACGUUUACAGCAAAGAGUGAGCUGAGUGGUCGGGAUGCUUAGCAGUGUUAACAAACUAGCCUAUUGCCUUUGCGGUGUAGAUGAUGCCAGCAAAAAGACUAAAAUGCCACUAGGCAAGAGUGUUCAUGUUCCGAAUAAAAUAUUCUGCCAUGCUGAGUUCUGGCAGAUGUCAGGUAUGAGACCACAUGGACGGUGAAAACGCAUCAUUGCCUAAGAGAAACAGGCAGAAAUGGGGAUAAGGUACAGGAAGAAUCUGGCAAGCCCCAAAGCACUAAUUGCAAACUGCCCCCAUGAGCACCUCAGCAGGCGCAUGCCUCAUAAUCCUCAACUGCCCCUCCCCCCACCCCAUAACCAACUGACUGACCCUAUUUAAGCCCAGAAGCAAUUAGGGCAGCUGUGCUUCAUUAGCUGACGUGUCUGUAGGCACAGGUCUGGUGAUCGAUCGCCAUGGUAAUGAGUGAUAGCCCAAAUUUUAAUCUCAUUGUGCUGCACCCCAACUGCCUCUUAAUUUUGAGUUUUUAAAAUAUGAAAUUAUUCUUUCGUUUUGUGAAAUGGGACACAAGGGGAUUCUGUGAGACGCGGGGUGGGGCGUGCUGCUCUGCCCUCAGACUCUGCAGGAUUUAUGCCAGGGAUUCCUCGAUCCGUGCUUGGAUGGCGUUGCUGUCAAGAGGCCAUGCUGGAACUGGGGGCAGGAGGGGGGAGUCAUUCCUAAACAUAUUAUUCACCUUUUGAUUCUGGUAUAAGAAGAAGGAAUUUGUCAUCUGUGGGUUAGAGUGUGGGUUUAAACCUUGCGUGCAAACGACCUUUUGAGACUGCAGAACCAGAGGAGCCAUACUUCAGUAUGUGGCUGGUUUGGGGGGUGGGGGGAGGGAAUCUUUGUUGUGGAUGGAAGAAUCCAUCCGCCUUUUUCGUUGUGUAUAUUUCUCCUCCUUACUGAUCUUCCCCUUCCUAUCCGCCUGGCAGGAAGUCUGUGCUUUUCGGUCGCUCAGCCAGCAUAUUUUGGAGUCCCCUUCGGCGCUCGCAGUCCAAUGCACUCACAAGAGGACACAGGCCGCAUGUGUGCCACGCCGACCCCCGGCAGCUCUGAGAAUGUCGCGGUUUUUAAUUAACCUCCAUCCGCUUGAGUGAGGGGUGGUGGUGUGCACUGUACAGCUGCCACAUCGCCACGCCUGCCAACAGACUGACACGCUCCUAGUUUCUAUGCCUGGGGCUCCUCAUAAACCCCACAUACACAUGCACAGCCUCUUAAGGCAGCCAUCAUGCCUGCCUACAUGCAUAGAAGCAUCCUGACCUUUCACCUUAAGGGCCACGCCCCUUUGACGGACUCACCUGCAGGGCCUUAAGCAGAUACUGGUGGCCGGUCUGGUAUGUCUCUGUGCUUUGACAGCGCCUGUCCAUCUGUCCCUUUCACAUCUGUCUCGCAUUUUGUUACAUUUCUGAUGACUCAGAUGGUGCCCUUCAGGUUUAGAAAGAUUGAUUUAAUUGUUGGUGCCUUUUUUCAUUUAUUCCUUUGUACUUGGUAUGUUGCCAUUACAUCACAGCAUUGCUGUGGAUACUGGUAUCCAUGGUAAUUAGACCCACAUCUUUAACCUUUUCAGCAAGGAAUCUGUGAAUUUCGUAUCACGGGCGAAGCCUCUGCACUUUUCCUAGUCUCAAGGCCAGAAAAUGGCAGUGACAGUCGUUCUGAGCUCCUGCCGUAAUUUACUGCAAUAAAACCUGGAAAUGUGUCCAAAACUCCACUGAUGAGAGUGAAUAUUCUCAUUGCCACUUAAGUGUGAUUCUGUUCUGUGCCGUUAGAUGCACAUGGUUGUGCUUAUAUACACAUACGUGUUUAUGUAAAUUUGUUACAGCUCUGAGGUCAGUGUCGUGUGUCUUGCGUUUCUCACGUUAGCAUUAGGCACAGGAAUGUCAGAACUAGCCAACGUCAGCCACAUUGUAGCUGACCGAACCGCCAUUAACGUUAGCCAAGUAGCCUUGCCGGUAGUGUGGUAAUAUUAUCGGUAUUGUAAUUGUUCAAUAGAAACAAAUUAAUGUUAGAGGAAAGCUUCUCUGUACAGUUUUCUCUGGAGAGUUAGGUCUGUUCCUCUCCUGUUUCCUGCUAAUAUUGUUUUUUUUUUUUUUAAUAUAAUUAUUGCAUAAUACCUUCGUUUCCUUUUUGGUUUGUAUUCCCUGAACCCCUGUAGUACUGACAAAGAGAAAGAUGAUGUCAUCUUUUCCUCGCUGAAUGACACUUGUUUUUCGGUUGCUUUGCAAAAAAAAAAGACAAAAACUGCAUUUCACUGGAGGUAAACGAGGUCACUGGGAAUACGGUUGGUUGGCGCAAGCUGAAGAAUGCCAUGUUUGUUUGUAUUCUGGCUUAUUUUAACUUUGUAUGUUUUCUUUUUGUGUAAUAAAAUGGACAAAGGAACACA